GCAACCGGCCGCCUGCUCAGCUGCUCUGAAAUUGAGGCCCAAGCCUCUCUAUCUGCUGCUGCACUCCCGUCCCAUCGCCACGCCCUCUCUCUCUCUCCGACGAGCCCUCCGCCGCCGCAGCGCCUCCCCGCUCCGUGCUGGGUUGGGUCCUUCUUCCGUUGGAAUUUUUUGGUGUGCAUCAUCCACAAAGUUCUAGCGGCAUGCUUUAAGCACAUGGAAUGGUCUUAAUAAGUGCGGCUUUGCUCCGUGAUUUAUCCUGAUUGUGCUUUGCUUGGGAAAGAACGAAUCAUGACUUCUGUUGUACAUAGUGUUUCAGGUGACCACAGAGCUGAAGACCAACAUCAACAGCAGAAGCAAGCUGAACCUGGGGACCAGCAAGAAGCCCCAGUUACUAGUUCAGACAGUCAAACAAUGGUGGGUACACCAUCAGCAGAUUAUGUGGCACCCUAUGCUCCUCAUGACGUGAGCCAUGCAAUGGGUCAAUUCGCUUACCCAAAUAUUGACACAUACUAUGGAGGCCUUUACGCGGCUUACGGUGGACAGCCAAUGAUGCAUCCACCGUUGGUUGGAAUGCAUUCGACCGGUUUACCAUUGCCUACUGAUGCAAUUGAAGAGCCUGUGUAUGUAAAUGCGAAGCAAUACAACGCCAUAUUAAGACGUCGUCAAUCUCGGGCUAAAGCUGAAUCUGAAAAGAAACUUGCCAAGGGCCGUAAGCCGUAUCUCCAUGAGUCACGUCAUCAGCAUGCCUUGAAAAGGGCCAGGGGAGCUGGAGGCCGUUUUCUUAAUUCGAAGUCAGAUGACAAGGAAGAGAACAACAAUUCCAGUCACAAAGAAAAACAGAAUGGAGUUGUGCCCCACAGUAGUGGCCAACCAUCAACCCCUCCAUCUCCUAACGGUGCCUCUUCAGCUAAUAAGGCAGACAGUCGUGAAUGAAGCUUCAAAAACUUGCCUCCGGAGAGAGCUAAGCACCUGACGCUAAAGAUGGCAACAAUUUUGUACAGUAAGUGAUAGUGGGCAAUAGAAAAUGGGGUCAUUGGAUGUUGUAGGAUAUGUUCCAUAGAAAACGUAGACGAGUCGACAGGUUUUGCAGUCUUGGUUUGGUCCUUCCAGUUUAUUCACCUUUCUGUACAAUGAGUAGGUUUGUGUCCAGGGGAUAGCUUCAGUCAGUUCUUUAGAACAUAUUAUCCCAUUGCUUGCUUGCAUAGAGUGGAGUUCAUAACCUGCUGCCCUGCAUCAUCAUUUGUGUUGCAGAUAAUAAGCGCUGGCUAUGUGUAUGUUGAUGACAAUAAACCUUAAUGUAGUGUAAUAACUUAAUCUGGA